AUGACUCCAUUUUCCUCUGAACUCGUUGGUUUCACCAUCCCUUUCUACUCCAAAACCCAGAAACACAAUUCAAACCCGCACGGGAUAGUAUUUCACAGCCGAAGCUUCUCAAACUCUAACCUAAAGCACGACAAUGUCAAAGCCUUUUCAUCGUCAGGAGCAACGAACCCUCAAGCCGCCACGGCAGACGCAAGACAGACCCAUUCACAGUCUAUCGGAUUCAGAGAUACCCAGAUGCUCAAAAUCUUCCACCGGUCAUGCCGUUCAGGGGACUACAUCGAAGCUCUGCAUCUACUCGAGAGCAUGGUGCGUAAAGGGUACAACCCCGACGUCAUCCUCUGCACGAAGCUCAUCAAAGGGUUUUUCAACCUAAGAAACAUCCCAAAAGCCGUUAGGGUUAUGGAGAUUCUCGAGAAAUUCGGGCAGCCUGAUGUCUUCGCUUACAACGCCCUGAUCAAUGGGUUCUGUAAGAUGAAUCGAAUCGACGACUCUACAAAAGUUCUCGACAGGAUGAGGAGCAAAGGUUUCUCUCCAGACACCGUGACUUACAACAUAAUGAUUGGUAGUUUGUGUAGCAGAGGGAAACUCGAUCUCGCUCUGAAGGUCUUAGACCAGUUGCUAACCGAUAACUGCCAACCGACGGUGAUUACUUACACGAUUCUGAUCGAAGCAACGAUGCUCGACGGCGGAGUUGAUGAAGCAUUGAAGCUUUUGGAUGAGAUGUUGUCUAGAGGGUUAAGACCGGACAUGUUUACUUACAACACGAUCAUAAGAGGGAUGUGUAAAGAAGGGAUGGUGGAACGAGCCUUUGAGAUGGUGAGGAACCUGGAGCUGAAAGGUUGUGUCCCCGAUGUGAUCUCUUACAACAUCUUGCUUCGAGCUCUUUUGAAUCAAGGGAAAUGGGAAGAAGGAGAGAAGCUCAUGACUAAGAUGUUCUCGGAGAAGUGUGAGCCGAACGUCGUGACGUACAGCAUUCUCAUCACUACUCUGUGCCGCGACGGAAAGAUCGACGAAGCUUUGAACCUGCUUAAGCUUAUGAAGGCGAAAGGGUUGACCCCCGAUGCGUAUAGCUACGACCCUUUGAUCGCUGCGUUUUGCAGAGAAGGCAGGUUAGAUCUAGCCAUCGAGUUCUUGGAGACUAUGAUCUCGGAGGGAUGUUUACCGGAUAUUGUCAACUACAACACGGUUUUAGCUACGCUGUGCAAGAACGGGAAAGCUGACCAGGCGCUGGAGAUCUUCGGGAAGCUAGGAGAAGUUGGUUGCUCGCCGAACUCGAGCUCUUACAACACAAUGUUCAGUGCGUUGUGGAGCAGCGGAGACAAGAUCAGGGGGUUACAGAUGAUAUCAGAGAUGGUGAGCAACGGGGUUGAUCCCGAUGAGAUCACUUAUAACUCGAUGAUCUCGUGUCUAUGCAGAGAAGGGAUGGUGGAGGAAGCUUUUGAGUUGUUGGUUGAUAUGAGAAGCUGUGAGUUUCAUCCAUCGGUUGUCACCUACAACAUUGUUCUUUUGGGGUUCUGUAAAGCUCAUAGGAUCGAGGAGGCCAUCGAUGUUUUGGAAUCAAUGGUGGAAAAUGGAUGUAGGCCUAAUGAAACCACUUAUACGGUGCUUAUUGAAGGGAUUGGAUUUGCUGGUUACAGAGCUGAAGCUAUGGAGUUAGCCAAUGAUCUGGUUCGAAUCGAUGCUAUUUCUGAGUAUUCGUUCAAGAGGUUGCAUAGAACUUUCCCUUUGCUCAAUGUUUUACAGAGAUCUUCUUCUCAGACAUUUGGUCAUUAA